AUGUGACAUGGAAUAAAAGGUUAAUUUUUUUUGUUGGUAAAGGAGGUAACACUUACUAUGUAUUUCCGCAUAUUAACAUUUGUUUCUUCCGUGUCGUUUUGAGGUGAACACCAACUAGGUCGUUGUUUACUUAGCAACAGUCAGAUUCUGGCAACGGCGCUUUUUGUAGGUGGCUACAUAACCGAAUUGCAUAUUAAAAAGUCAGCUUAGUUCCUUUGUCAUGGGUAAUGAAUAUUUAUAAACCAUGUAGUUUGAAAGUUAUUCUGGGACAGAGGGGGGGUGAACAUUAACCACUUGACGAAAUAUCCUCAACCAAAGAUGUCUUAUCUGGACUCGUCGGAGGCUCCUGAUGAGGAGGAGACUUUUUAUAUGCAGUGCAGAGCCGCCUACCUAAGUGUGUUCAGAUCCAGUCUGUCAAAUAUCUCAUCGAAACAGGAGUUAUGUCGAGUUCUCCAGUUAGCUGGUAGAAAUCCCUCUCAGACCACUCUUGAUAAAUAUUGGAACCCAGGAACAACUCACAUAAACUUUGACGAUUUCUGUGAGAUACUGAAAAGUGAGUGGAAAACAGAGAACAAUGAGCUGAUGGGAGUUUUCAAAAAGUUGGAUGCAAAUGGCGAUGGCUACAUCGCACACAGCCAAGUGGAAAAACUUCUUACAAAUGGAGGAGAUAAAAUGACACCUGAAGAGGUGAAGGCCAUUUUCUCACUAAGCGACAUCAACAAGGAUGGCAAAUUUAACUACGUGGAGUUCUGUAGACAACUUGUGUCCACUGUGGAGAAAUGUCAGAUGACCUCUUUGGUGAAGCUCCACUCUGAUGCCAAGCUGAAGAGACAAAACUUUGGCAGCCAUGAAGACAGCCCUCCAAAAACCUCCAUGACAUCACCAUCAGCAACUCCUCCUCAGUAUCCAGAAACAAUCUGUUCAGAUCCAGAUAUCACAGUGCGGAAAGACAGCCGACCAUCCUCUCGUCCUUCUUCUGCUCGCAGUAGACGAUCAUCUCUGUCAAACUCAGUCACUGCAACUUCCAGCACCAGCAAGCAGUGGCAUCACAUUUGCAUGAGGGGAUGUUUCUUCCUGGAAGAGGAUGGAACUAUCAGCUCACUGCAGUACCAGCUGAACCUGCCCCAGACUUCCAUUGUUACCCUAAGCAUCCAGCCUUUGAGCCUCGACCAAAGAGCUGACAAGCCUUCCCCCUGGAUGAAUGUGGACACAGCUCUUUUUGUGAUGUUAGCUGGCGAUACAGAAGAGGAUUCAACACUAAUGUGUUUCACUGGUGCAAAGGACAAAGAAAAGUACAUUUGGAGAGGUGAACUGAAAGCUGGGAUGUACUACCUACUGCCAUUCUCCAGUGGCUGCAGAUUUAAAAAAAGGAGCAGAAAGAAUGUCUCUGAUAAAUCUGUAGAACUUGUCUACAAGACAGACACUGGAGAACUCGACCUCACCAGAGAGUUUCGGGAGGCACUAUCGGAGAUCUUUGACAUGAUAGACCUGGACGGGAAUGGUUUGCUCAGUCUUGAGGAAUACAAUUUCUUGGAGCUGAUGAUCAGCGGAGAAGAGUGCAAGAUGGGGACGUGGGCCAUCUGCAAAGAGAAUUUUGACAUGAGAAAGAAUCAACUGACAAAACAGGGCUUCAUGGAGCUGAAUCUGAUGGAGGCAACGGAGAAAGAUGGGGACUCUGAUGACCUGUGGACCCUCGUGGAAACCAUGGGCUACAACCGUAUGCUGGAGCUAGUCGAGGCUUGCCCAUUCCAGAUAGAUAUACACUGUGAGAGCACACAGCCAUCAGUUCGGCCACUCAGACUGGACUCCGGGCCCAAGAUUCUGAACCAGGCCCUGCAGAAGUCCAUCACUUUAGAGGGAACAGCCAAACAACUGAAAGGACAGGAAAAUGUGCUCAUCUACACCUACAGAGGAGAACACAGGGUCUCAUCCCUCAUAGUCAACAAGGCAAACAUGAUCAAUUGUCACAGUGAUUGGUAUCCCCCCUCAGACCAACCAGAAAGUGACAGUUCGUGUCAACAACAAGCACAACAACAACUGCUGCAGCAGUAGAGGCCUGAAUGUGUUUGCUAUAGAGGUGCCAGCCAGAACUAAGAUGGUGUGCCAACAUGUCCUGCCCACCAGUGAAAAACAGGACUGGGCGUACAACUGUGUGGAGACUUCACUGACCUCUAAAUAGAGCUUGCACACGGUAUGCUGCCCGUCUAGGCUUGGGAAACACAAGAGCUUGUCGAAACACUUCAGGUGAUGGCACAAAAAAUAAAAAAUUAAAUGGCUGCACCAAAUGUGGUGCUUACUGUCUGAAAGCAACCUUGCAUUUAGAGCCGUAGCUGACUUGCUGUUUCUGGUGCAAUUUAUGUAUUUAGCUAACAUUUAUUUAUUCAGGUAAGGCAGUUGAAAACCGAUUCUCAUAGACAGCAGAGUACAACAAAGCAAAGUAAGAGCAAAUACAAAUACAGAGACAACUGGUACAUCUUCUUCACCCUUCCAUUCUGGUUAUGCAGUGCAGUGUCUGCUUUGGCGAUACUGUCUGGGACUGCCAAUGAAAUGUAUGCCUGUGCAUUGCACUCUGGUUUGAACUGUACUUGCCCUUGGCCUUUUCAGCUGAGUCUCGACCUUCUAUUUAUGUCUCACAGACCGUUCUUUGCCCUUUGACUUUAUUUGCUGAAACAGUAGAGCCAGCUAACUAAAUGUCACAUGGCGUAUGAGAUGUAUUUUAUGCCACUGUCUGCAUUUCCUUUUCCGACAGGUUAAGUUUAAACCCUGAGCUGUUGGGCCACAUUAUAUGUGGUUGUAAAUAUUGUAAUCAGUGUGCAGUAUAGUCUUUUUUAUUUUGCCUAUAUUUGGUAUGUUUUUGGACAGAUCUUUUUUUCUUCUUUGACGUAAGAAUACACAAAAAUGUAAAAUUGUACAAAUCACAAAUCGAAUAUCAUCAAUUCAUUCAUUUCCCUUACCACUUAUCCUCACGCGGGUCGCGGGCGUGCUGGAGCCUAUCCCAGCUAUCUUCAGGCAAGAGGCGGUGUACACCCCGAACUGGUCGCCACCAAAUCGCAGGGCACAUAUAAAUAAACAACCAUUCACACACACAUUCACAUUCACACGUACGAGCAAUUUAGAGUCUUCAAUCAACAUACCAUGCAUGUUUUGGGGAUGUAGGAGGAAACCGAAGUAGCCGGAGAAAACCCACGCAGGCACGGGGUGAACAUGCAAACUCCACACAGGCGAGGCCAGAUUUUAACCCAGGUCCUCAGAACUGUGAGGCGGAUGUGCUAACCAGUCCACCACCGUGCCUCAUAGAAUAUCAGUCAUAUGUUAUUAGGUCCCCCCGUGCCUGUGUGGGUUUUCCCAGGGUACUCCGGUUUCCUCCCACAUCCCCAAAACAUGCACUAUAGGUUAAUUGAGGAUUCUAAAUUGCCCGUAGGUACAAAUGUGAGUGUGAAUGAUUGUUUGUUUGUUUAUAUGUGCCCUGCGAUUGGCUGGCGACCAGUUGAGGGUGUACCUGGCCUCUCGCCGGAAGAUAGCUGGGAUAGGCUCCAGCGCGCCCGUGACCCGCGUGUGGGGAAGCGGUUUGGAAAAUGAAUGAAUGAAUGUUCUGGAACAUGAGAGGUCAAACAUUUAUUUUAUGUAUCACACAUAUCUUUGUUGAAGAGCUCUGCAGACAAGCAAUAAUAAAAGGCUGAUGUUCAA